AUGACUGAGCCACUUAGACAUAGUUAUUCUAAAGAUGUUAACAGUUUACGCAUUGCUAUGGAAUCUUUCACACAACUUGCAAAAGAUGAUCCGCAAAGACCGCAAGUCUUAACAGACCUCCGGGCCAGAACUGGAGCUUUAUCAAUCAAUCUCCAAAGUGAGAUUGACAAAUGCAACAAUCUCCUUUCAGAUCUACCCACAUAUGUUGAUAGAACUCCACAUGGAGGUUGGAUGGAUGCCUUACGUGGAACCCUGACUGAAGAGUGUAGGAAGGAGAAACAAGUUUGCACGUCUCUGGAGUACGAUUUGUCUUUUGAUUUAGGCUCGACGUGGGUUUGGAGCAACGAAGUUUUAGGGGUAGAACAAGCAUAG